AUGCGAAAGAAAGAACUACUGGUGGAUGAUGACGAUGAUGAAGAUGAUGAUAAUGAUGAUGUACAUGAACGGAAAGUUAGUGUUAGUAAUAUAAGUACAGUACUCAAUAAUAACAAUAGUAGUAAUAGUAGUAAUAGUGGUGGUGUUGAUGAUGGUCCAGAGUAUGAUAGUGAAGAAGAGAAGGAGUUCCUUAUCAAUGAGAGGAGAGAAUAUCAAAAGAGAAUGAGACAACAACAAUUGGAAGGUCAUCAAAUGAAUGAUCAUGUGUUACCAAUACAUAAACCAAAGCCUACUACUUCAACGAUCAAGAAGAAGUUGAGGGCACUCCAUGACAAUGAUGAUGAUGACGAUGACAUAGACGAUGAUGAUGUCAAUGAAGAUGGUCCAUUAUUACAAUCAACUACUUCAUCAUCAAGUACUUCAACAACAACAACUACUACUACAACUUCAACAACUUCAACUUCAUCAACCUCAACAACUAUGCCAACAACAACAACAUCUUCAAAUGUUCAGUCAUCUAACAGUGAACAAGUCGUUCACAUCGAUGUGGGUGACACUACCGACAACGAGAUUGGUCGUGAGGCACAGAACAUCCUGUUCAUUCAGAAUGAGUUGUCGAGGCCAAUAUCAUUCUACGGUUUUCUAAGACGCCUGCUAUUUGCUGGUAUAUUAUACUUGUUACCAGUGUCGAUUGUACUGUUUGUGGCAUUGGUCACUGAUUGGAAACACGCAUGUGAUCACCCACUGAAGCAAUGGUCCUCGGUUCAGAUCGUGAUCCAAUCGCUCAUCAUUGUAAAUUUCAUCUUCCUCUUUGUCAACCUACCAUCACAAGACGACAAUGGCAAUCCACCUCCAUCAUUGCUGCGUAAACAGUUCAUCUUCAACACUGUGCAUCGUAUGCUAUCAUGUUUCUAUAUCACCUGGUUCCUCGUUGGCAUCAUCUGGACAUUCAAAGCAAGGAGUAGUGAUAAAUGUCCCUCCUCCUCGCCAUAUUUAUUCUGGGUAACAUAUUCAGUGAUCAUCACUCAAAUUAUAUUGGCAUCUGGUGCGAUAAUGUUCUGUUGUUGCUCUUGCAUGUUCUCAUUGAUGCGACUUGGCGCGGGCGUCGAGAUGGCGCCUCCCGAAAGCCGUGGCGCAACCGAUGCCAUGAUCAGGAAGCUCACAAUCAAGAAGUUCCAUACAGGUCUGCUGGAGAAGGAUGACUGUAGUUGUGCAAUCUGUCUGUGCGAGUAUGAUGAAGACGACAAGAUCAGAAUAUUGCCGUGUAGACAUCACUUCCAUUUGGACUGUGUGGACCGAUGGCUCGUCAUCAACAAAUCAUGUCCAUUCUGCAAGCGUGACAUUGAUCAUGAGAAGGAUGGUGGUGGUGCCGUCACAUCAUCAACAACAACAACAUCGGCAGCACCAGUGAUUCAUGUAUCCGAACAUGAAGACGACAGUGAUGACGAACGUCCACAGCAGCCACCACCUCAACAGCAACAACCACCUGUUGUACAGCAGGAUGAGUUGAGCAUAGCUCAAAGGAUCAACAUUGUUUGA